CAAGUGUCAAACGGCGCAGGGUUUUCCUAAAUUUCUUCUUUAUGUGAAUUAAAAUACCUGAUUUGAAGUGCUAAGUAGUUAGAUAAGCAUAUGAAGACCAUAGUGAAUGGGCAGUUUGCGCAAUUAUUUCAUGAAUCAUGGCAACACCCAGCCCAAAACGUUUUAUUCGCUUCACACCAGCAAUAGACAUCUUAGUUUUAAGAGAAAUAGCUGCGGUAAACCCACACGACAAUCCUACCAAAUGGACUAAAGUUGUGGACAACAGCAAUGCGGCUGUUGCCCUCCUUCGCCGUGACGCAAAGGCUUUCACAGAGAGGUCACUGAAGGAAAGACUAGCAACGCUUCUAGCUGCCUAUAUAAAAGAAGACAUGGAUUCCCUUAAGAGAUCAGGCACAGAGGAGGAGUAUGAUGAAAGGGAGCAGCUACUGCAGGAAAUAAGGCAGUUGAAGAAUGAGGCUGAGAAUGUGAAAAAGGAGAAGAAGGCAGACAAGGCCGCAAAAAAGGAAAAGGAAGAGUGUCAAGGUGAAGAAAUUUGUCGGAAGGCAAUGGAGGGCAUUACAAAAAAUCCAACACCAACGAAGAAAGCCAAGUUUGAUGUGGGUGAUUAUUUGGAGAGGAAGGCGGACAUUGAGGAAAGGAGGCUUUCCCUUGAGGAGAAGAAGCAAGAGGCUGAGAGGGAGGAGAGGAGGGGUUUCAUGGAGGCCCUUCUCAAAUUCUGUAACAAAUAG